UGCUGAACUGCUGUAGUUUCUGUGUGUGUGUGUGUGUGUGUGUGUGUGUAAAAGUGUGUAGCUGACUCUCUCACGCGAAAAUUCCACAAGGAAAUGCUGAAACAUGUCCGCCCUCAGCAACUUGCUUUAACCUGCGGAGUGUUUAUAAAUUGCUCUCAUUUUUCGUGUUUAGACACACACACACACACUGACACUUAUAAACAGUGACACACUGACACUGACACACACUUUGACACUGACACACACAGUAACACACACAGUGAUACACACACAGACAUGACAGGAGCAGCUGAAUACAGUACAGUGACGGUGAUCCCUCGCAGUGCGUGGAAGGCAGUGGAUGUUCAGAUCAGAGAAAGAUUACACAAACCUGCUGAUAAGCUUAUUAUCCAUCACACAGCAAUGGGGAGCUGCUGGAAUCGCACACAGAGCAUCGCUCAACUAAUACAUAUUCAGCAAAUACACAUCCACGAGCGCAACUUCGCAGACAUCGGCUACAACUUUUUGGUGGACCAGGCUGGUGUGAUGUAUGAAGGUCGUGGCUGGGGCAUCGUAGGAGCACACGCGAAAACACAUAACCAUAGCUCUGUCGGUGUUGCUUUUAUGGGCAACUUUAAUGAUGAGUCGCCGAGCGUGCAGGCUCUGUCAGCCGUGCGUGCUUUGAUCCAGCACGGAGUGGCCAAGGGAUAUUUACAGCCCGACUUUGUGAUUUUGGGACACAGAGACGUUGCAGACACGCAGUGUCCAGGAGAGAAGUUGUAUUCCUCACUACACACACUCAAGACACCAAUAAACCACACAUUCUGAAGGUUUCAUUGUCUAAAACUAAUGUUUAAAUGACUCUUGCACUCUGCAGAUACUGUAUUUCAUGAAAUCCUUGUGUGCAUUUCACUUGUUGUUUAUUAUUAAUUUUGUAUAGUUUGUCCUAACCUCCUAUGUAAGCACCAAAUCCAACAGAUUCUGAUUUAAUGACCCAUCAUUAGAUACUCUAAGAGAAUGUUCUCAUAACAGGGAAAGACAGGAAACACAAAAGUAUGAAAUUACUAAGAAAUUAAGGCUUGUAAAUCAAUGUGAUAAUCACAAGCCUUCACCAGUUCCAGUUUUACAGUGCACUCCAGUGUUUAGAUGCAUUGCAAGAAAGAAGCACUUCCUGACAGCAUCUAAAAAAAAAAACAAAAAAAAAAAACGCAGCACUCGAACCUUACCAGGCGUCUUGAGAACUGGAAUUACAAUUGUCAUCAUGUUUCAGAUGAAACCAGAAUCUAACUUUCUGAUCAUGCACACCAUCAGCAUAUUUGGUAACAAAAGGGGACUGCGUAAGAGUAUCAUUUCUGCCUUUUAUACUUAUAUAUUCACACACAAAUGGUUAUAGUGGUUUGCAGUUACAAUCUCAAUCUUAGUAUUUGAGCUCUAGUGAAACUCUGUGGUCUGAAUUGAAGAGGAAAGUCCAUGUGCACAAUCCUAAGAAUAUACAGUGGGGUCCAAAAGUCUGAGACCACAUUGGAAAUCUGGGAUUUUUUUUUUUUUUUUCAUUUAAAAUAGCUAAUAAUCGGAAGGUUUUAGAAUUCUGAAAUAUUUAAAACAAAGGAAGUAAAUAUUGAAUAUCUUGAAUAUUUAAUAUUCAAGAUUAUGCACCAUUUCUAGGUCCCUAUUUAUAUGUAAGAAAAUUUGUAUUUCUGACCAUGUUAAAUGCUUUGUACAAAAGGUCAGAUUUUACUCAUGCAUAAUCUCUUGUACUGAAGAAUGUGUUCAGACGACACUCCGAUGGAUUUGGUCUAAAAUGGAUCAUAAGGUUUUGCACAAACUUGUGGAGUCCAUGCCGGCUCGAGUGCACACUGUCUUUAUAGCAAAAAGGGGACAUAUCAAAUACUAAGAAACUGUUUCUAAAGAAAAUGUUUCAAAGAUUCUACUUUUCACUCACUUCAUUGUUGUCACUAAUAUAAUUUGUAAUGAAAAUGUAAUGAAAAUGAAAAUUACAUCAUUUUCACUAGUGGUCUCAGACUUUUGGACCCCACUGUAAGUGAGUUUAUAGUGAGUUUAAAAUGCACGGAGGAGUGGACAUUGAUGCCUCUACAAGUUUCCAACCUUGUAAGGCAAUACAGGAAGAGACUUAGUUCUGUUUUUCUCUCCAGGGUCGGUGUCAUAAAAUAUUGAUUAAUUAAACCAGUGUUUUCAAGAAAAAUACAUAUCCCUGUAUGCUUGGGCUCAAAAUAUCACUUGAUGCAUGUAUUGUUCUUUUUAUAUAGUGAUUUUUGUUCAUUUUCUUGACGAGUGAUUAUUCUGAAUAGUACUGUAAAUAAAAAACAUUUAGGGGAGAACUAGACAGAGGUAAAUACACUAAACAAAUCAAUGACUAGAUGAUGACAAAGACUUGACAAAAGUUGCCAAAAACAAAAAGCAUAUGAUACCUCACCUAAUGUUACUGACAUGAAGGUCUAUAACUGUAUAUGAUGUAAAAAGUUAUGGAGUUACAGCUGAUCUUUUAUGCAAGGUUAUGUCAUUUAUCUCAUCAACAAACCUUUCAAUAAAACAUUGGAUAUCAUUGGAUUACUUCCUUAUUUGC